UUCUUUAGGGGACAGUGAAAGUGACGUUUUCCCUUAGUUUCACUCUCGACGACUGAGUGGAAAAGUAAAGACGCAUCCCCCUCAGUUUCCGGGGGACAAGGAUUGCGAAGAACAACCAGGAAGCGAUUGGGCUGGGAGGCGUCCCCGCUCCCCGCUGUGCUGUGGAGGCUUCUUCUCAGGGUCUCUGCGCUGAGGCCCGGCCCCCUUCGUGAGUUCUCUCGGAGCUAGACCCCGGCUCCGGCCGACCAUUUCCGAGCUGCCAUGUCUUCCGACUUCGAAGGCUACGAGCAGGACUUUGCAGUGCUCACUGCUGAGAUCACCAGCAAGAUUUCCAGGGUCCCUCGGCUCCCUCCGGAUGAGAAGAAGCAAAUGGUUGCCAGCGUGGAGAAAGAGCUUGAAGAGGCCAGAGAAUUGCUUGAACAGAUGGAUUUGGAAGUCCGAGAAAUUCCACCGCAAAGUCGAGGCAUGUACAGCAACAGAAUGAGAAGCUACAAGCAGGAAAUGGGAAAGCUGGAGACAGACUUUAAAAGGUCACGGAUUGCCUACAGUGACGAAGUACGGAAUGAGCUCCUAGGGGAUGAUGGGAAUUCCUCUGAGAACCAGAGGGCACAUCUGCUGGAUAACACGGAGAGGCUGGAAAGGUCAUCGCGGAGACUAGAGGCUGGAUACCAGAUAGCAGUGGAGACCGAGCAAAUCGGCCAAGAGAUGUUGGAAAACCUUAGUCAUGACAGAGAAAAGAUACAGCGGGCACGUGAGCGACUCCGGGAAACAGAUGCAAACUUGGGGAAAAGCUCCAGAAUCCUGACGGGGAUGUUGCGAAGGCCCCUGCCAUCCCGCCGCUGCCUGCUCCAUUGUGGGUUGAGGGAGGCCUUUCACACCUGUUUCACUGAACGCUAGAGAAUCAUCCAGAACCGCAUCCUGCUCGUCAUCUUGGGGAUCAUCGUGGUCAUCACCAUCCUGACCGCCAUCACUUUCUUUGUCAAAGGGCACUGAUGCAUCUGCUCUCCCUUGAUAAACAGUGAUCUUGUCUUGUUCAGAGUAAUUAAGACAAAAUGGUCACAUGAAUCAUUCUGUUGUGUUGACAGGCCCCGGGUGACCCUCUGUCCCUCCCUUGCCACUGUUGAGCUGGAGCACAGAGAGUGUAAAGAUGUUUCUGUCCCCAUCUGCAUGUGGGUUGAUUUCCUUUCUGAGGUUGGUCUUUGCCCAGAUUUGUCGGGUUUUUUAAUAGGUAAAGGUGAAUACUUAUUUGCCUUUAGGUAACUUCAUCUGCUGUCCAAAAUAGCUUUGGUGACAUUCUUCCUUGCCUCGUGGACAUGCCUGGGGUCACGGCUGGAGAGAGGACGUGAUGACUCAGGCACAGAAGCCUCUCUGUGUCACGUACCUCUCUUUACCAGAAAGGUUUCUAUGAUGUCCAUGGAUAACAUGCCAGAAAAACCAGAGGCCAGCGCCCGUGAGCAGUUCCAGAGGUCAGCCCCAUCCUUCCCGGCAUAGAGCGCACAGCCAUCUUGCCCAGAUAACUUUAUUGCAAAGAAGAAGAUUCACUGUCACUUGCACAGGAAAUUGACUUAGCACUUUCCGUGGCUUUUUAGUGUGUGUGUGUGUGUGUGUGUGUUCACAGGAAGAAAUAUUUACUCACCUUCCCCAGAUGCCAUAGUCCCCAGACUCUGCCGGCAAUGUGAGAACUGGCCCAGUGUUUAAUUGUGGCCUCCUCUUCCCUGCCUGUGUAAGCAUUUCUGUAUCUUCUCUGCUUUAAUAUGCGCUCACUCAGCGGCCGUCCUCCCUCGUUCACGCAGACGGUCUGAGAAGGUUCUGUCCACUUCCCGUCCAGCAUGAGGAUUUCAGAGAGCGUGAGCAGGUCUCCUCCGCUGUGGGCAUUUAGCCUGUGGUGAUGAAAUGGGAGAGCCCUGUAGGACAGUCCACUAGGCAAACCUUGGUGGGAAGUGUCCCCUCACCUCCUCCCGCAGUGUGGAACUGCUCGGGUUUUCCCAACGACCAUCAGCAAAGCCCGCCUGGGUUCUCUCUACGUUCAGACCUCUGUCACACUCUGUGACUUUCUUCCCUCUCUUUCUGCCUGAGGUAACGGGAAUUGGGAGUCCAUUUGUGAUCAGGCCUAAAAGUUGCCCAAGCUGAGGUCGUUUUACCUCCAGUCAUGAGGAAAAUGUGUUUUUCUUAAGACUUCAUAGGCAUUUACAGGUCUGUACUAUUGUUUUUAAUAUAAUUGGAAGCUUUGAAUUUUUGAAAAGCAAGUCUUUUCUUCAUAAAAGAUGCUAAACACCUAUACUCAUAGAGCAAGAUCAUACCUACUUGAUCUCCCACCACACACACACACACACACACACACACACACACACAUACACACUCAUACUCCAAAGAGAACCAUUAUAGAGUAGACAGGAAAUACAAAAUCCACCAGAGAAAUUGUGCUUGUGUAAACAGGCCGGGGCCUGUAUGUGUUCAGAUAAAUCAUUUAUUAUUGUGUAAAUAAAGGUGUAGUGUCUGUGUCGGAAGGGUAGGAUUUUGGGCUACCAAGGUGGUACAGCCGUGGAGAAGGGCCGGAAGCUGUGCUGACUCUUCUGCCCGCUAAAGGGACCAGCUCAGAAUCAAGAAACUUUGAUUCUGAUCACUGAAUUCUGGGCAGCCUAAACGUAAGAAAGAACCGAUUAAAAGCACGGAGACAAUCCACCAGCCUCCGCUGAUGCUGGUGAAGUAGACCGACGGCUCUGGUGGCCUCCAGAAAUGGGGUUCCUCAGUUAGGGGUAUUCCAGGUUCUAAGCUGUCUCUCCCACCUGCCCCCACCUUCCAGUCCCCUUCUUCCCAAGGCCACCUAACAACAGGGUGGAGCCGAGCACGGGCACUUGCUGGCCCCGAAGCAUUUCACUGAAGCCUGCCUUGUUCGCGCAGAAGCAGAAGACCCAAGAAGCAGGCAUUUGCUGUUCACCUCUCACUGGCUUUCUCUGCCGACUUCCCUUUUGCUGCUGCCAGUGAUUUGGGAGUGGAAACCUGUGAACAUACAAACUUGGACCCAGCAGCUCCAUCACAUCCUGACCAGCUCUGUCCUCCUGGCGCCAUGGAAAGAACUGGGGCUGGGGCUAUACUUCCCUCCCUCCCUCCCCCUCCAGUCCAGGAAGAGUGUGUGAACCUGGAACAGGUGCCUGUGUGUGGAAGGUUCUAGGUUCCUAUUCUGUAGACUUCGGUUGUUGAAUAUUUCUGAAGUUGGGAGCCUUUGUUUCCGAGUGUGUGGGAGGUAGGGGAGGAUGGCUGGCAGCACGGAGGAAGAGGAGGAGGAAGCCCUCGCCAUAUAAAAUUCAUGCAGACUAAACAGUUUCUGGGACAGUAUAAAUAAAGCGGAUGCAACCUCGCUCCAGAAUCAAAAGCAAUUUAAUUAAAGUCUCUUAAGUUGUAAAGAGUUUUAAAUGUUCCGUGUCGAAGGCAGAUGCCUGCAGAUGCACUGGGCCUGACGUCAGUGGCCAGGCCUGGGCUGGGAGGCCAUUUGCUAUUCUGUUUCAGGCAGGCUGGAUUGUCUUAUUUUGGAACCAGCUUGGUGGGGGGUUUGCUUUGCUACUGCUUCUGAGCCCUGAGCUUCAAAGGCUGAAAUUAAUGGCGAACAAAAUUGUGCGGCUCUGGCCGUCCCAUGCGGGGCAAGCCCGUUGAGGGUUAUCAUUAAGUAAAGAAAUAAAGAGGGGGGAAAAGCCUGCCUGCUCCAAAAACCUCAUCAGAUAAUGACCUCAGUGAUUGGGUUUUCAUUACCAAACAGCAUCCAGAGAUUAUCAACUCGUGGAAGAAGGGAGGAGGGAAAGAAAGGACGAGGCAAGCACUGCCUUUCUCUCUCUCUCUCUCUCUCUCUUCCUCUCUCUCUCUCCCUCUCUCUCUCUGCACAUCUUUUCUUUAAAACUGUCAGAUCAUUUCAGUAUUUCAAAUCCGAGGAAAACAGCCUGCCUGCUGCUGUAUUUGAAGUUGUAAUGGUGUCAAAAAGUCACGACUGACUGACAGCCGUCAGUCCCAGAGGGGCUCAUUAAAUCAUAAAAACUUGACAAGGAAAUAAUUGCGCAUGGCCAGCGACUUGGCGCCUGUUUAGACGGUUUUAUUGUCUUUCAUUAUCAGUCCCCGCCAUUACGUUCAUUAACAAAUUGCAUUAAACAACUGUUAAGGGCUAA